AUGAUCCGAGGAUCAACGCUACAGGGGAUGUGCAUCCCCAGAAUCCUGGAACACACUAUUGUGUCCCUAUUUGCUGACGACACAUCAGUCAUUCUACACCACCUCAACAGAUUCGAGGACCUCACCGCGAUACUGGACGAAUGGUGCGCCACAUCUGGUGCAAAGUUCAACGUCCUGAAGACUGGGGUGAUACCGCUAGGCCCGGCACAAUACAGAGCAGAAGUUGUGACAACGUGCAAGCUAGAGACUAGCAACGACUGCAUCCCAGAAGGCAUAAAAAUAGGGAGCAACGGCGAGGCUAUCCACUACCUGGGGGCCUGGAUUGGAAAUGGAGCCGACAAUGCCAUCCUGUGGGGCCCAACCCUGGAGAAGAUCGAUGUGGUGCUGGGCAGAUGGGAGAGAAGCCACCCGACACUGGAGGGCAGACACCUAAUUGUCCAGAUGGUGAUAGGAGGAAUGAGCCAGUAUCUCACAAAAGUCCAGGGGAUGCCGGCCAAGAUCAAAAAGACACUGACAAAAACGAUCCAGACCUUCAUCUGGAACUCUCCAAAAGCCCCACCAAUCAAUAAGGGCAUGAUGACAAGACCUGUACUAGAGGAGGAAAAAAAGAUCCUGUGCCUGAAGGAAAGAAACAAAGCAAUUCAACUGACAUGGUUGCAAUUGUACCUGAACAUCGGGCCGACAUGCCCAAAAUGGGCAUACCUUGCUGACGAGACAAUGAGAAAGAAUGUCCUGAAGUCACUAAGCAACUGGGAUGGGAGCACCCUGAUGAACUACUUUCAACAAGAAUGGAAGCCUAAGACAAAGGGGGGCAGCCUAACAAAAUAA